GAGAGCCCUCCUCCCCCUUCUCCCACCCCGGAGGGGAAGAGGAAAGGAGAGCCGUGGCGGGCGGCAGAGGAUGAUGAUAACUUAGGGCCGUGCCUGGUGCUGGAAGCUGCCCGCGCUGCCCGGGCGAGGCGGCUGGGAGGGCGACAGCGAUGUCCCAGGGCACGGCAGGGGGAGAGGGAGCACCCCAGGUGCUGCCGGAGGGGAAGGAGAGACAGAGGAAGAGGAGGCGGAGGAAGAAGAAGGAGAGUAAGACGCGGCUGGUACGCUCCAACGUGCUGUUACCUGAGGCUGAGGUGGAAAAGUCCAGGAGCACAGUCCUGGCCUGCAACCGUCUCAAGACCACCAAAUACACAGCUCUCUCCUUCCUGCCUAAGAACCUCUUUGAGCAGUUCCAUCGCCUGGCCAACGUCUACUUUGUGUUCAUCGCGCUCCUCAACUUCGUGCCGGCUGUCAACGCCUUCCAACCGGAGCUGGCCUUGGCCCCCGUGCUCUUCAUCUUGGCGGUCACUGCCAUCAAGGACCUGUGGGAGGAUUACAGCCGCUACCGCUCCGACAAGGAGAUCAACCACAUGGAGUGCCUGGUGUACAGCAGAAAUCAGAAGAAAUAUAUAGGCAUUUUCAAUGCUUUUCCAUUUUUCAAUAGCAUUUACUGGUGUCCUCCAAAAAAAGGAUUAGUGUUCAAAAGUGUCACAUACUUCUAG